CGCCCCUUUCUUCUUGCUCCUUCUUAUCCUUUCCCCCUCCGCCAGUUCCGGAAGGGAACCCUUUCAAAAUCUCUUCCAAAUUGACGCGUAGGACCAAUAUUGUUAACACAAUCCGGAAUAGUAAACAUGGCGGCGGCCGUCAGAUGCCUCGGUAGAGUCUUGAUACAGCAUCAAAGGCAUAAUCUCUCCAAAAUGGCUAAUCAGUCACUUUAUCCUUGCUCUGUAUGUGUUCAGGUGCCCAACAGACAUUUUGCUGCUGCUACAAAGCCUGCAAAGAAAACAAAAAAAGGUGCCAAAGAAAAAGCAUUGGAUGACAAAAAAGAUGAGAUAGAAAAAAUAAAGUCAUAUCCCUUUAUGGAAGGUGAACCUGAGGAUGAUGUUUACUUAAAACGCCUAUAUCCAAGGCAGAUAUACGAGAUGGAGAAAGCUAUUCACUUACUUAAGAAAUUUCAAAUUCUGGACUUUACAAAUCCAAAGCAAGGUGUUUAUCUUGAUUUGACAUUGGAUAUAGCACUGGGAAAGAAGAAAAAAGUGGAGCCAUUUGCCAGUGUUCUUAGUUUUCCAUACCCAUUUACUUCAGAAAUUAAUAAAGUUGCUGUAUUUACAGGGAAUGCAUCAGAAAUUAAAAUAGCGGAAGAAAAUGGAGCUGCAUUUGCAGGAGGAACUAAUCUGAUUCAGAAGAUUUUGGAGGAUGAAAUUCAAUCAGAUUAUUAUGUAGCUGUUCCAGAAAUAAUGCCUGAGCUUAAUCCAUUAAAGAAGAAGCUGAAAAAAAGAUUUCCAAAGUUUACUCGAAAUUCCAUUGGCCGUGACAUCCCCAAAAUGCUUGAAUUAUUUAAAACUGGACAUGAAAUUAAGGUAGAUGAAGAAAGGGAGAAUUUUCUCAAGACAAAAAUAGCAACACUAGAUAUGUCAAGUGACCAGAUAGCUGCCAAUUUGCAAGCAGUUAUCAAUGAAGUUUGUAGGCACAGACCGCUGAAUUUGGGACCCUUUGUGGUACGAGCUUUUCUUCGAAGUUCGACUAGUGAAGGUUUGUUAUUAAAGGUCGAGCCUUUGUUGCCUAAAGAAGUGGAAACCAAAGAAAGCAACCAAGAAGCUGCCUAAAAGUGUUGUGUUGUGAAAUUAUUUUUAGUGGAUUAAGAAGCAACAGAGAAAAUCAUAAAACUGUAUAAUUUCUAUGUUUGGUAUCUUGUUAUUUCUUGAUCAUCAUGCUCAAAAGUGAAUUUUCACACUGGAAAAAUCUUACAACACUUUCAAAAAUAAGAAAAUAAAAUUUUAUCUGAGUCUACAUUUUA